GGAGAUGUUGGAUCUUUUCCUGUCUCAAUGCAAUGCGUCUUCCUUUCAUGAAGAAAUACAACAUCGAAGAGUUUGAAUUCAGCCAGUCAUACCUCUUUUUCUGGGAUAAGGUCGAACGUUGCUACUACUUUUUAAAUGCCUUUGUGGAAACAGCUCAGAAAAAGGAGCCUGUGGAAGGAAGACUGAUACAGUUCCUGCUCUCCAACCCCACGAAUGAUGGUGGACAGUGGGAUAUGCUGGUUAACAUUAUUGAAAAGUAUGGUGUUGUCCCCAAGAAAUACUUCCCAGAGUCUCAUACCACAGAGGCUACUAGAAGGAUGAAUGAGAUCUUGAAUCAUAAGAUGAGAGAAUACUGUUUGCGGCUAAGAAGUAUGGUGGAAAGUGCAACAGUUAAAGGAGAAAUUUGUGCUGCGAUGGACACGAUGAUAGAAGAGGUGUUCAGAAUAGUGAGUACCUGCCUGGGCAGCCCUCCGGAGACCUUCUGCUGGGAGUUCCGGGAUAAGGAGAAGAACUACCACAAAUACGGCCCCGUGACACCGGUCCAGUUCUACACUGAGCACGUGAAGCCUUACUUCAACAUGGAGGACAAGAUUUGUCUAGUGAAUGAUCCUCGCCCUCAGAACCCAUACAACAGGCUGUAUACGGUGGAGUACCUGGGCAACAUGGUAGGAGGGAGGAAAACGCUCUACAACAACCAGCCUGUCGAGGUCUUGAAAAAAUUAGCUGCAGCGUCCAUUAAGGAUGGCGAGGCUGUGUGGUUUGGCUGCGAUGUCGCAAAGCACUUCUAUGGCAAGCUGGGAAUCAAUGACAUGAAUAUAUUUAAUCAUGAGCUGGUGUUUGGCGUCUCCGUCAAGAACAUGAACAAAGCAGAACGAUUGAUCUUUGGAGAAUCAAUGAUGACCCAUGCCAUGGUCCUGACAGCUGUCACCGAGAAGGAUGGGCAAGAGGAGGCCUUUGAAAAAUGGAGAGUGGAAAACUCCUGGGGUGAAGACCGUGGUAACAAAGGGUACCUGAUCAUGACGGACGACUGGUUUUCUGAGUACGUGUACGAGGUGGUGGUGGAUAAGAAACACGUCCCAGAAGAUGUCUUGGCCGUGAUGCAGCAGGACCCGAUUGUUUUGCCGGCCUGGGACCCGAUGGGGGCUUUAGCCAAGUGAACCAGCGAGCGCUUGCCUCUUAACGGUCAACCCGAAGUAGACGCAAUAGAAAAUUCCAGUGGUUGGAAGCCAUAGCCAAAUGUUAAUGUGACCAAGCACCUCAGCAUGGUCCCUAUUCUUGAAUCUAAGUUAAGGAUCUUUGGGAAAUAGCGCUUUACUGACUUGGCUGAACAAAGCUCUCAGACUACUCCACAAAACUAAAAAGGGAAAAGGCUAAAACUCGCGAUGAA